GUGCGUGGGCUGCCUGGCUGGCCUUGUUUAGGGUUUUCAGGAAACAUGGAAGCGAUGGCUGUAGAUGGAGCCCAAGUACUCUUGUGAUGGUCUCUCGGUUUUCUGUGAGAGGAAAGGGGAGGAUGCCACUGGACUCAUCUUCAUCUUCGAUGCAGCUAUCCUUUCCUUCUCCCUUAUCCUCGGUGCCAGACAAUUUUGCUAACUCUUCCCCUCCUCUAAUGUCUUAUAUCACUUCUCAGGAAAUGAAGUGUAUUCUUCACUGGUUUGCCAGUUGGUCAGGUCCUCAGCGUGAACGUUUCCUACAGGACCUGGUAGCUAAAGCAGUGCCAGGAAAAUUACAGCCAUUGCUGGAAGGUCUGGAGCAGCUUAGUGUGUCUGGAGGAAACCGACCACCUUGUAUCUUUGAGUGCCAGCUACGUCUUUGGGAUCAGUGGUUUCGAGGCUGGGCUGAGGAGGAGCGCAAUGAAUUUGUCAGGCAACUGGAGGUCAGUGAGCCAGACUUCGUGGCAAAGUUUUACCAAGCAGUGGCUGCUACAUCUGGUAAAGACUGAUAGGCAUUAAAAUCAGAGAAGAUAACCAUAGCUGAUGGAGCCAAAGCCACAACUUGACAGUGAGAACUUCAUCUGUGUUACUGAAAGGUCUGGGAACGGUAUCCUGAUCUGCUGACUGAAGUCGCUGACUCAUACAGCCCUGGUUAUUUCAGUGUUAGCUGGACUCCUAUUGUAAAUAUUUUCAAUCCAAGCAAAUGCAUAUCAGCAGUCUGCCUCAAGAGAUGUCACACCCUCAAGAAUUUAAUGACUUCUUUUUUAACUAUAACCAAAAGGCAACUAUACAUUAUAACUCAGACCUACUGCUGGCCCAUCUGGUUGUAAAAUAGAGCCCUUCUACUCCAGAAACAGGAGAGAAGGGCAAUAAAAGUCAUGUUUUUCUAUUUAGAUGGAUUCAGAUGGCUGGUUUCACCACUCUUAGCAGAUUCUGGUAUAAUUAUGUGACAUCCUAACCACUAGCUUUCCUGUGAUGAUACAGUAAAAUUACAGAAAAAUUAGAAAAGGGAGAUAAUUAGAUAUUCCUCCCUCCAUACUGAUGUGUGUUUGAAUCCAACUAACAAUGCCUUUUUUCAAAAGCAUGUGUGAUAUCCUUGGAGCUGCUAGCAGAUGUUCUUAUUCUGUAAGUUUGCUGUAUAACAAUAUGAGAAAAACUGACACUCUUUAGAAGUUGAAGGGUUUAUUUUUUUGUAUCAAAAUAAAGAAUGAAUCUUUGGAAUGAAAAGUCUAUU